GGGGAAGAGAGGCUGAGAGGAGGCCAGGAGGAGGAAGCAGGAGAAGGAGAGAGCAAGGGAGAGACCGAACAGAAGACCAGCUUGAACUGGAGCUGGAAGAGGCCACCAGCUUCAUCCUCCACUGAAGCAGCCAGAGGAACUUGACACCAUGGAGGCCGAAGGCACUAAGAAGCAGCAGGAGGAGAGCCAGCAGAUCAAUGGACUGGAGCAACAGAGCGAGUCAGGAGAUGCUCAGGUUGAGGCUCAUGGAGAGACUGAGGCUGGGAAAACAGAGGCUGCUGCUGGGAAGAAGACCAAGGAUGACAAUGAGCCUGCAGGAAAGGCUCCGGGGGCCGAGGAGAUGCUGGGAUCUGAGACCAAAGAGAAAGCAGAGGAAGCCGGAGAAACCAACCAGGCAGCCUCUGAGGAUACAGUGGCCGUGGGUGUCUCUGGAGCAGAGCCCAAGGAAAAAGCUGAGGUUUCUGGAACACCAGAAGAACCGCAGGAAGAGAAAGGAGCAAAAGCUGAUGCCUUGGAAAGAAACACCAGCACUUCCAGCGCAGAGGGCCAAACUCACAGCACUUCAGAUGAGCCUCUCUCGCCAGAACCAGAGGAGGAAGAAGAAUUCUGGCCAGAAUUCUCUCCAAGUUCUCCUGAACAGAGCCCACAAAGCCCCACAGAGUUCAAAAACGUGGAGACGGGAAGCACUCCUUCAGGCCCAACUGCCCCUGAAGCUGCCACGGGGAACAGCACCAGCACUGAAGCAGUCCCAAAGCGGGAUCAAGAGCAACUGCCAGCUGCUGAGGGAGCAGCCGCUGCCAAGGAGGAGAAGAAGAAGAGGCCCACUUUUGACAGAAGGGAGAUGACGAGGCCUCGUAUGCCACCCAGAGCUCAGUCCCGCAAGGCCAUCAUGGAUAAGUUUGGAGGGGCUGCAACCGGUCCUGCCCCCAAUAUCAAGAAGACAGGAGGUGCCAACACAGUGAAGACCAUGUUGCUGGAGUGGUGCCAGGCAAAGACCCGUGGCUAUGAGCACGUGGACAUCCAGAAUUUCUCCUCCAGCUGGAGCAGUGGCAUGGCCUUCUGCGCUCUCAUCCACAAAUUCUUCCCAGAUGCGUUUGACUACGCUGCACUUGACCCAGCAAACCGCAAAGAGAACUUCACUCUGGCCUUCUCCACUGCAGAGGAGCUUGCUGACUGUGCCCAGCUUCUGGAUGUGUCCGACAUGGUGCACAUGAGUGUCCCUGACAGCAAAUGCAUCUACACCUACGUCCAGGAGCUUUAUCGCAGCCUGGUGCAGAAAGGGCUUGUGAAGACCAAGAAGAAAUGAGAACGGAAAGCAGGCUUGCAUUUGAGGCUUACUGGAAGUUGGAGGGAAGGUUUGGCAGAACAGAGAGAAGGCGGCAUGGGGUGUCCCCUGGUCUCUAUUCUGCCAUUUCUUGUGUGCUGCACUGGAUCAAACGAAAGUGGCUUUUGCUCUAGCAUUUAAGUCGGCUAUACACAGACUUUCUGCCGGUGUGCUUUUGAGAUGUGUGGGGGAAAGGGGUCGUUAACUCUGUCCUGUAGGUGCUUCUAGUCACCUUCAGCAAUCUGGCCUCCAAGGAACCAAAAGUCUCUGUCAUAAACGGGCAUGGUGUGGAACAAGGAAGUCUCUCCAGAAAAUUACCACUGCCCAUUUCACGUACUAUUCACUUGGCUGCAAAUGCUGGCAAGUCCUCCUCCAACCCGUGCUGCGCUUCUCUUUAACCUUGCUCACUUCUCCUUACCGAGCAUCAUUAAAGCACAACUGCUUGAAGUCCAAGGCAA